AUAAAUUUUCGCGGGAAAAUUCGCGAAACAAACGGCACCUUAGGGUUUUAUGUCGCAUCUGGGCGGUGCGCAAAACCCCUUUCCCUCCCUUUAGUUUGCGCUUUAAAGACCGAUCCCUUGGGCUCGAAUCAUCAAAAAGAGCCAUGGAAGGAGUGAUUUUGGGCAUGCCGGGACCAUGGGCUGACGACAACCAUGAAUCUUCCGGUCACUGCACCACGAAAAUCGGUGGACUACCCGAUUGGCCUCUUCCAAGACAAAGCAUAAGGGAUGAGCUUCUAAAAUGUAGCGUAUGCAGUGGCCAUCUUUCACUUGUUGCUCAGGUGUACGCGCCAAUUGGAAGCAGCGAUCUGAAUUUUGAUGAGCGUGUACUCUUUGUGUUGGCCUGUUCAUCGCCAAAUUGCGGGAGCAACCCACUGAGUUGGCGAACUCUUCGUGUUCAAAAGACCAACUCUGAGACUGGGACUACAAAGACGGUCAGCAACAGUCGAGCCUCAGCAUCGACCAACAGUGACCAGCUAGGGGAGGAUACAUGGAGCUUUGAUGGUGAUGAUGAUGAUGAUGGAUGUGAUGGUUUGAAUUUGAGUAUGGCUGAGUUAGGCAAGGCGCUAGCAGAAGCGGCCGCUGUAGCUUCUCGUGGGGAGAGAAGGAGAGAUGCCAAGGAUCGUGACGAACUCCAUGAGAAGCCGGGAAAGAGAGUGACUGAUCCCUGCCUUCGGGUGAUGCCUUGCUUCUAUAUCUAUAUUGAGAAAGAGUCAACCUUGCAGAAUGUCAGUUGUAUUUCUGCUGCAUGUUCCAUUUCUACGAAGGGAAGUGGGCAUUUUGAUUCUGCUGAAGACAAGGAUUCAUGGGAGGCAGAGGAUUAUGAAUAUGAUAGAGCCUUGGAUGUUGAUAGGACAUAUAUGAAAUUCAAGAAGCGGUUGGAUCUCUAUCCAGAGCAAUGCUUGAGGUACUCUUGUGGUGGAAAGCCUCUAUUGGCUUCAGAUCAAUUGCAAGAACCUGGCUGUUGUUCUCUUUGUGGUGGGUCUCGGCAUUAUGAAAUGCAGCUAAUGCCACCUCUUCUGUAUUUUCUGAAAGAAGGCAGUGAGGCUUCUGGGGCUGUGUGCCCAACAGAAUACUGGAACUGGAUGACUGUAAUCGUCUAUACGUGUUCAAAGAGUUGCUUCCAGCAUGCUCAUCUGGUAGACCAUGAAGAUGAACAGUGGAUUGUGGUGGAGGAGGCUACGUUGAUACAGUAUGAAGGCUCAUUACAGGGUUCUGCUCGAUUGGUUGGCCUUACGUAAGAAUGUGUGAGGCAGAGAGCUUAUUUGUAUAAAUUUGUGAUCAUAAUUCUAAUGACUUAAUUUUUUAUAAGAAAUUUUUUCCAAGGGA